AUGCGGAACGAUGCGCUGGUUGCUUACAAUCAGCGCAUCAGCGCCGCCUCAAGAGGGCGCUGGCCAAGCGCCCUGCGGCUGCUGGAGCGCCUGCCGCGGGCACGGCUGCGCGGGGAUGUGGUGAGCUACACAGCAGCCAUCAAUGCUUGCAAGAGUGGUUCCUCUUGGACUGGCGCACUGGCCCUUUUGACGGACCUCUCAGAGGUAUCCCUGGAACCAGACAUCGUUGCGAUGGGCGCCACCGUGGCUGCCCUCCCGUGGUCUCUGGCGCUGCUCCUGCUGGCGGAUCCGGUGCUCUACGCACUGCGCGUGGAUGCGGUGACCAACAAUGCAGCGGUGCACGGCUGUGCGCAAAGUUCUCACUGGCCCUUGGCGCUUUGCCGCCUGGUGCAGCUGCCAAAAAACCGCCGCGGAAUCAACGCGGUGAUAGGCGACAAAGCCACGCCGUGGCGGCGUGCGCAGAUGGUGGCGUUUGGAGAAGGAGUGCGACUAAGCGUGGUGAGCUUCAGUUCGUUGGUUCACAGCUCUCGGGUUUGGUUCCAUGCGGUGCAGAUGGUGCAGGUGAUGUGGGGAGUGCAGAUACGACUCAAUGUGGUGGCUCGGGGAGCUUCUAUCAGUUCUUGCCAGGCUGAGUGGUGCUGGGCCCUCCGUCUUUUGUCCUGCAGCGGGAUCAAUUUGUCAGUGCCAGUGCUGCUCGGUUCCGUGCUGACUGCUGUGGAGAAAGCUGAGGAGUGGCCGAAAGCCCUCCAGCUCUGGCUGCUUUCCCAAGCUCCACGCGGAAGCUGCAGCGCUGUGGCGCGCAAUGCACUGUGCAGUGCGCUGGCGGGGCAGUGGCAGAGGGCCACGCGGAUGUUGAGAAGUGACGCUGGCACUGCCCCAGAUGUGACCACCUUUGCCGCUGGCUGCUGUCGUGCACCCUGGGCCGUGGCCGCAGAACAGCUGCAGAUGCUGCGGCAGCAGGGCUUAAAGCAAGAUGUGGUUUGCAUUGGCUCUGUCAUCAGCACAUGCGAGAAGGACAAGGAAUGGCGGAAAGCCUUUGACCUGCUUGCUGACGCCGAGUUGGCCAGUAUCCGCUGCACGGAUAUUUGUUACAAUGCCGCGUUGGCCGCGAGCUCCAUGCUGGGAGGCUUGCUGGGCGACGCAGAAGAAUCUGCAGGUCCCAGUCAGCUCUUUCUGAUUGAGGCCAAGGUGGUGGUCAUCAGUUCCAACGAUGCCAUGCCUUUGCUCAGCGCCGCCCUGGACCGUUCUGAGAGCGAUGGACCCUUGGAGAUCUUUGAGGGGGACCAGCUCGACGAUGAAGUGACGAUCCUCUACGACUGCUGGCAGCAAGGCACCGCUCGGGUGGAGCUGCGGUUUCUCCUGGCCUCAGAGCCCGAAGGGCAGCCAGGCACUGAGAUCUGCAUGGCCUGGCGGAAACGAUGCGGUUCCUUCGCCUUCGACGCCCUGGAAGUCCGCAACGGUCAGUCGCUCAUCUAUCCGGCGCCCAAAGAGGGAGCGCAGCAACCUGCGUUGUUGUCGCCCGAAGGCACCUACGAAGAGGUGACGAAACUUCAGUUGAGCUCGUCUGGAGCCAUGCGGCUGAAGGUGCCCAAAGUCACCAGUGAGGAGCAGCUCAAGGUGGAAAUUCGGGGCUUGGCCACUGAUGCAUUAGAGGUGACGGCCACAGACGAAGUGGAAAUUUCCAUCGUCUACAGCUGUUUGAGCGCUGGGGUCAUUGGCGUGGAGUUGGCCUUGGAACAGGCGGUGCUGUCGGCAGCACAUGCGCCUGAGGUAUUGCACCUGCAUUGGCGGAAGCAUUGCGGCGACUCAGUCUACAGGUAUCUGGACGUCUUUCUAAAGGAAAACAAUAACAGAACUCAGGUGGUCUCCAAAGGUCGGACCUUACCUGGCUUCGUGCACUGCCCAAAGCAGGCGGCCGAACCAGGAGCCGUGGACGGGACCAAACCAAUCAUCAAGACUGAGUGCUCAGCAGAUCCUGCUGUGGAAAUUGGGCCCAAGGAUUUGAAGACCUCGAUCGAACUUCGGGUGGAUCCGGAAGGAAAUCCUGUUCUUCCAUCCUUGCAGCCGCAACCCGAUCUGUCCUUCGAUCGGAAGAUCCUCCGGGCUUACAUCAUGCAGCCAGGCAUGGAGACCUUUCGACCACAGAAAUCCAUGUCCUCGCCCAGCCUGUCGCGGGCAUCGAGCACCAACAUGGUGGUUCGAUAUACCUGUCAUAGGGCCGGUGUGAGUUCCAUCGUGGUGACCAUCUAUGUGAUGCAGCAUAAGCCCAUCGACUUUGCCUGGCGCAAGCGAUGUUCAGAACCCAAGAUCCACACCUCCAAGGCGUUGACUGCGCCGCAGGCUAUGACCUUUGCUUUCCUGGUCUGUGGUGGGAUUGGGAUGGUGGUUUGCAUGGUCUGCCUUUUCUGCAGUAGCGACCAGGACAAGAAUCAGCUGUUUCAGGGUCCCGUCACCAAGAAGACAGGUCGCGGUCCUGCGCGGUCCCCGGACCGUCGCGAUAACCGAGAGAUCGAGUUCUGGCAUGUGGGACCCGAUUCUCAGAAGGUGGGCUAUGAGUAUGAAGAGGAAAUCGUAUACCACCCUGGGCGUAGCUGA